AUGCUGUUCAUGCUAUCUGUGUUGGCCUUCUUUGCCCUUGUGGCUUUGCUGACCUUUCGAUAUCGCGUUUCUCUUGCCGCCCACGUUCCUGAGCGAGUGAAGACUUUCUUUCCCAAACUCAGACACUACACUCCUCUUUCGACCUUUACCGAACAAGCGAAUGCCGGUCUUACAUCCUCUGACUUCGACAUUGAGGCGAAUUUGCGAAACGGUGAUUCAAGAACGGGUCUCGAUGAGCAGGGCACGCAAGAGGUCAUGGAAAUCAUGCGGAGGGAGCGUGUCAAUUUUGAUCAGGCUCGGCUAAUUCGCCACAACCGCAUUCUCGCUCGAAAUGGAAUUGAUGCAUCAGGGAUGCCGCUGGAUUCUAAGGCAGUAACGCACUUGUAA